AUGACGAAAUUCCGCUCGAGGCUAUAUAAAACCGAUCGAGCUCGGGAUUUUGAGCAUGAACAGGACCGUCAUGUCCGCAUGCGACAAGUUUACGAAACCAUCGAUCGACAGGGUUAUCAAUGGAUUGUGGUGUUUGUAGCCGGAGUAGGCUUCUUCCUCGAUGGAUAUACACUAUUUGCAAGUAACAUGGCCUUCCCGAUGCUAUCCUACGUCUACUGGCGAGAUGAUCCGUCUUCCAUGAAACUCACGAAUAUCAACAUUGCCACCUUGGCCGGUACCAUGCUGGGGCAAGUAUUAUUUGGGUAUCUAGCAGACAAGUAUGGGCGCAAGAAGAUGUACGGUCUGGAGUUGAUGCUCCUGAUCACUUCGACCCUCGGUGUGGUCAUGGCCUCAAAUGGCGUAAACCAUAGUAUGAGUGUGUAUGCGUGGCUGAUAUGGUGGAGAAUUGUGGUUGGCAUCGGCGUCGGGGCUGAUUACCCAUUGAGUGCGGUCAUCACAUCUGAGUUUGCACCCACGAAGCAUCGAGCGCGAAUGAUGGCGUCGGUCUUUUUCAUGCAGCCGCUCGGUCAGAUCACCGGAAAUAUCGUGUCAUUGAUUGUAGUCGCCGCCAGCAGAAGUCGAGGAGACGAAGACCUGACCCGCACUGUAGAUAUCAUGUGGCGAUGGGUCAUUGGGAUCGGAGUGGUCCCUGGUGUAAUCGCAACGGUCUUCCGGUUCAUUAUCCCAGAAAGUCCCCGGUUCCUGCUGGAGAUCGAAGACGACCCCGUGCAGGCAGAAUUCGAUGCAACUACCCUCUUUAACGAGCCGAACAACUCUCCCUCCUUGGAAACAGAAAGUUGGCACAACCUGCCCCUUCCAGCGAUCUCCAUGACGAGUCAAUGCUUCUCUGAUCGAUCACACUCGCAGACAGAAAUUCUCCAGCCCGCCACUCUCAACUCUCACUGGCAUUUGACGAGAAAAGACAUCACACAAUAUUUCUGGACCGAGGGAAAUUGGCGCACUCUCGCUGCUACCUCCCUGUCCUGGCUUUUGCUCGACUUUGGUUUCUACGGCAUCGGCCUCUCAAACCCACAGUUUCUUGCCAAGACAUGGGGUUCCCUCAAGCUCCAUGGCUCAGCACCUGUCUGGCAGACGGAUGAUAGUCCGAAUGCCGAUGUUUUCAAGAUGUUUCUCGAUAGCUCAACGCAUGCCCUUGUCAUCCUCAACAGUGGUAGUUUCCUUGGGGGCUUACUCUUGAUUCUCGUUAUCCACCGUCUUGACCGUGUCGCACUCCAAAAAUAUGGGUUCCUGGCGCUGGCCGCCCUCUUCAUCGCCCUGGGUACUAUGUUCCUGACCGUCCACAAAGAAGGUGCUGUAGCCGUGGCCUUAUACAUCAUCGGCCAGGCUUUCUUCAACUUCGGCCCCAAUGCAACUACCUACAUAAUCCCGGCCGAGAUCUUCCCCACCCGGUACCGCGCCACCUGCCAUGGAAUCAGUGCCGGCGCUGGCAAACUCGGCUCGAUUCUCGUUCAAAUCUUCUCCGCACACUUCAACUUCGGUUCGGGUCUCGGUGACGAGCCCAUCAUCCGCCACGGCUGGGUUCUAAUCGUCUUCAGUGUGUGCAUGAUUCUCGGUGCGGUGAUCACACAUUUCUGGAUCCCGCCUGUGCAGCGACAAGACGGCAAAGGGAAACUCUGGGGUGGGAAGACGGAGACCCUGGAGACCUUGGCGCUGGGAAGGAUGGGAUGGAAGAGUCGGUAUGCUGUGAAACUGAGAGAAAGGGAAAGGGUUGUAUCACCAACCUUUUCGCCGGGAGGCUUUGGUCUAUAG